GGGGUGGCAAGUCUUAAAAAGACAAUGCUGCAAGUUCUUUUAAAGGACGAUCAUUAUGUCCAGUUGUCAGUGAGUAAGAACGACAGGUUUAUUUCUUGACCACACUGGCCUAGAUACAACAAAACAAAACUUUAACUUUGGACAUAUCUGUAUGUUUGUAUCAUUUAGCCAAGAAAUGGUUUUGAAUAACUAUGAUUCCCUCACACCAAAGUCUGCUGUCACGAUGUUCUCAACGUGUGUUCUAGCCUACCUAGUACUAUCCUGGCACAUUGGAACAAGUAGCGCGUCCGUAGCUGAGGAGCAAGCCUUUUAUACCAUGGCCCGAAACAGAUUCGCCACAGCCAACAGAGAUGAUCUACUUUACAUCUGGCACCACGACUGCCACAGGCGGUGUUUUUAUCAGAUAGAGGAACACUUUGAGAUCUCCUGUGCCUACGAUCCAUAUAUUGCUCGCCCAAGGCGGUCGGUACAUGAGAUCGCCAACACCACGACUGGUCUUACAGCCAACAAACAGCCCAAGAACGAGCCGAGCAUUAAUGGCAAUGAAUUAGAAACAAGAGAAAAUUCUGCCAGAUUUCCAUUUUUGAGCAAGAGAGACGCCAAAUCGUUCUUGAGGAGCAAGCGAGCAGUAGACCAACCUCUGAGCAGGGGCAGGAGAGGCAUUAUGCACGAGUGCUGUUUUACCAAAGCUUGCUCCUGGGAGGAGUACGCCGAAUACUGUCAUCGCAACCCUAGGACUACGACAGCCAUGGAGAACAACUGUUCCUACAGUUAGGUCACUAGAUGGCUGCCGAGAGUCGCGCAGCAAGCAGAGGGUCAUAAGCGAGCGAGCUCUGGCUGAAUGACAAUAAAAUAAAAUGUUAAUAAAUCA